AAGGUGUAUGUAAACACUUGACUUCAACUGUACAUAGAAACGCCGCUAAUGGUUGGUCAUCGAAAUUUGGUUAAAACUCAUGGAUUUUCCAUGACUUCUCCAUCUGUCAAAAUGUGUAUGAACCUUAUUUUACUACCCGCUUGAACUACUUUUCGCAUCAAAUCUUUGAAACAACUGCAGUUUUGACCACUUUUCCCACAAGUUAGACGACAACUUGGGUAUGAAAUCUUAUUCUACUUCUCUGCUUUUCAAAUCUAAAAUCCGAACACUUCUUCCACUAACACAAACAUUUAAAGAGCUAAAGCAAGCUCCAACAUGUUUUACUUCAUGUAAAAUUACCAUCUAAUUAGGCUACUAAUUAGGACUGGGGAUUGCUGGGGACCUCACGAUAUUAUCACGAUACUUGGGUGCCGCGAUUUGAUACUGAUUUUAUUUCGAUUCGAUGUUCCAAACAAUUGCUCACCAUAUGUCUGCUGCAGAGAGACGAGAAAGCCAUGAGAAUGAGUUUUGAUCAGUCAUGGAAUUAAGUGCUCUAAACAAAUUGGCUCCCUAUUUUAAAACGAAGAUGGAGAGCAAACAAUUAAGGAAAAAUACUGGAGUUUUGGUACAGCCAACUAGCGCAAAGAUAAUAUUGUGGUAUUGUCAAAAUGAGAAGAUAUAGCGUCAAAAUGCACUGCGAGCCCCAGACUGAAGACCCACAAUGGACCACGGACCCAGACUACCAGCCCCCAGCCAAGAAGACUGCCAAGAAGGCAAAGAAGAGCAAGCUGCGCUACAACACAGAGGGGGACAAAGACAACAUGGAUGUGUCUGUCUAUGACUUUGAGGAGGAGCAGCAGGAGGGGAUGCUCUCUGAGGUCAACGCGGAGAAGGUGGUGGGCAACAUGAAGCCCCCCAAACCCACCAAGAUCAAGAAGAAGGGUGUGAAGAAAACAUUCCAGUGUGAGCUGUGUAGCUACACCUGUCCCCGCCGCUCCAACCUGGACCGACAUAUGAAGAGCCAUACGGACGAGAGGCCCCACAAGUGCCAUCUGUGUGGAAGGGCCUUCAGGACCGCUACCCUGCUGAGGAACCACCUCAACACACACACAGGUACCAGACCACACAAGUGUCAAGAUUGUGACAUGGCCUUUGUGACCAGCGGAGAGCUGGUCCGACAUCGUCGCUACAAGCACACUCAUGAGAAACCCUUCAAGUGCUCCAUGUGUGACUAUGCCAGUGUGGAGGUGAGCAAGCUGAAGCGGCACAUCCGUUCCCACACCGGGGAGCGUCCGUUCCAGUGCAGUCUGUGCAGCUACGCCAGCAGAGACACCUACAAGCUGAAGAGACACAUGAGGACACACUCGGGAGAGAAGCCAUAUGAAUGCUACAUCUGCCACGCCCGUUUCACCCAGAGUGGAACCAUGAAGAUGCACAUCCUGCAGAAGCACACAGAGAACGUGGCCAAGUUCCACUGCCCCCACUGUGACACAGUUAUCGCCCGCAAGAGUGACCUGGGUGUCCAUCUGCGUAAGCAGCACUCGUUCAUUGAGCAGGGCAGGAAAUGCCGUUACUGUGAUGCUGUGUUCCACGAGCGCUACGCUCUCAUCCAGCACCAGAAGUCCCACAAGAAUGAGAAACGCUUCAAGUGUGACCAGUGUGACUACUGCUGCAGACAAGAGCGCCACAUGCUGAUGCACAGGCGCACGCACACAGGAGAGAAGCCUUACUCCUGUAGCCAGUGCGAGAAGACCUUCCGUCAGAAGCAGCUCCUGGACAUGCACUUCCGGCGCUACCAUGACCCCAACUUUGUGCCGACUGCCUUUGUGUGCACAAAGUGUGGCAAGACCUUCACCCGCAGGAACACCAUGGCCAGACAUGCAGAGAACUGUAACGGGGAUCCUGGUGAAGGAGAGAAUGGAACCCCACCCAAGAGAGGACGAGGUGGGAGGAAGAGGAAGAUGCGCUCAAGGAAGGACGAUGAUGACGACGACAGUGAGGACAAUGCUGAUCCUGAGCUGGAUGACAUUGAUGAAGAGGAUGAGGAGGCUGAGGCGGCACUGCUGGAGGAUGAAGAAGAGGAGGAGGAGGAGAUGGAGUUGGAGCAGGCUCCACCCACCAAGCCUAUCCCUGCCCCUGUGGAGCCUCCCGUGAAGAGGAAACGCGGUAGACCCCCCAAGAAUACGCCCAAACCCGCCUCACCUGCCAAAGCUAGCAAGGCUACCCCUAAGGGCAAGGCUGCUGCAGCAGCCAUCAUCCAGGUGGAGGAUGAGAAUACAGGUGCCAUAGAGAACAUCAUAGUGAAGAAUGAGCCAGAGGCUGAGCAGGCUGCCAUAGAGGUGGUGGUUGAGCAGUCAGAGGAGGCAGAGGCAGGGGUAGCGCUGCCUGUAGCAGAGGUUGCGUCCAACGGAGAUCUCACCCCUGAGAUGAUCUUCAGCAUGAUGGACCGGUGAUCUAGCCCACACAGACAGCUCAAGGACUUCCCCCUUCUCUCAACAUUUCCCUUCAAGUCCACCCUCUUCAUAUGAUCUGCCAUAUUACAAACCACUCCGCUUUACUCUUUAUUUUCAUAAUUUGUUUUUAACAAAUCUGUGUUUCUUUUCACUCUCAAACCCACAUCCUUCCAUGCAUUCACUGUAACAGUUUAAGUUCCAAUUGCUUUGGUCUGGGGCGGCAGGUAGCUUAGUGGGUAAGAGCGUUGUGCCAGUAACCGAAAGGUCGCUGGUUCUAAUCCCCGA